AAUCUUCUUUUUGGACUCAAAACACCAACAGAAUGACACUUCUCUCAUCAACUAUUAUUGCCAAUUGCAAUGCUUCUCAUUUCUCAACAGCACACCUGAUGAGAAAAAUUUCUCUAUUUCUAUUCUUCAGGUCUUUAACUAUCAACCCAAACUUGGUUAAUUAAAAGACACAAGUAGUUGAAAGACAAAUUCAGAAGUAACUGACACUUUGUCAUGUUACAUUUGGUCAACAAAAUAACCAGAGUAACUAUUUUCAAUCAAUUGAGGCAGCUCCAUGUCCACCUCAUUCAAAAUUCCCUCCAUCACCACAACUACUGGGUGUCACUUCUCAUCACCCACUGCACGCGCCUCCACGCGCCACCAAUCUAUACACUUCACGUUUUCAAUUCUACCCCAAACCCAAAUAUCCAUGUCUUCACUUCCAUGCUCAAAUACUAUUCCCAGUUGGGUUUCCAAGAUGAACUUCUAUCUUUCUUCAAACGCAUUUACUGCCGUAUAAAACUUGAUGCAUCUUUAUACCCACUUGUCAUUAAAUCUUCUGGUAAAGAUGGUAUUCUCUUCCAUGCCCAUAUUUUGAAAUUGGGUCAUCAGUCUGAUCCUUAUAUUCGUAAUGUCAUCUUGGAUAUGUAUGCAAAACAUUCUCUAAUCGAGAAUGCGAGGAAGCUGUUUGAUGAAAUGACUGAGCGAAGUCUUGCGGAUUGGAAUUCGAUGAUUUGUGGGUAUUGGAAGUGUGGAAAUGAAACUGAGGCUUGUAGUCUGUUUAGUAUGACGCCUGAGAGGAAUGUUAUAACUUGGACUGCAAUGGUUACUGGGUUUUCGAAGAUAAAGGAAUUGGAUAGUGCAAGGAAGUAUUUUGAUGAUAUGCCAGUCAAAAAUAUUGUUUCUUGGAAUGCAAUUAUUUCAGGCUAUGCACAAAAUGGGUUUGUAGAAGAGGCCUUGAAGUUGUUUAAUCAUAUGAUUAGGUUAGGAGUUCAGCCUAAUGAAACUACAUGGGCUACUGUGAUAUCUUCUUGUUCAUCGUGUGGGGAUCCUUGCCGUGCAGAGUCAUUUGUGAAAUUGCUCGACAAAAGGAAGAUCAAGAUGAAUUAUUUUGUCAAGACAGCUUUGCUUGAUAUGAAUGCAAAGUGUGGGAAUCUUGAAGCUGCGAGGGGCAUUUUUAAUGAGCUAGGUGUUUCUAGGAAUUCUAGUACUUGGAAUGCCAUGAUUUCGGCAUAUACAAGGGUUGGUGAUUUGCUUUCCGCUAGAGAUCUUUUUGAUAAGAUGCCAGAAAGAGAUGCUGUUUCAUGGAACACAAUGAUUUCAGGUUAUGCUCAAAAUGGGCAGUCAGCAAUGGCAAUUGAACUUUUCAAAGAAAUGAUUGAUGCUAAAGACUCGCAGCCAGAUGAGGUAACUAUGGUGAGUAUCAUCUCAGCCUGCGGACAUCUAGGGGCUUUGGAGUUGGGUACUUGGAUAGUUAAUUUUAUCUCUGAAUACAGGAUUGAGUUGACUAUUUCAGGCUAUAAUGCUUUGAUUUUCAUGUACUCAAAAUGUGGAAACAUGAAAGAAGCCCAAAGAAUAUUUCAAGAAAUGGAAACAAGAGAUGUGGUGUCUUACAAUUCCUUGAUUGGUGGGUUUGCAGCUCAUGGAGAGGGAAAUGAAGCCAUAAAACUAUUAUUAAGCAUGAAGGAGGAAGGUGUUGAUCCAGAUCAUGUAACAUAUAUCGGUGUCCUGACAGCUUGCAGCCAUGCAGGAUUAGUCGAAGAAGGCUGUAAGGUCUUCGAAUCAAUUAAAAUUCCUGUUGUGGAUCAUUAUGCAUGCAUGGUUGAUAUGUUAGGUCGAGUUGGAAAACUAGAUGAAGCAAAAAGAUUAAUAGCUUGCAUGCCAAUGGAGCCACAUGCUGGAGUCUAUGGGUCUCUUUUAAAUGCUAGUCGAAUUCAUAAAAGAGUUGAAUAUGGGGAACAUGCAGCAAGAAUGCUCUUUCUGCUUGAACCGCAAAAUUCAGGAAACUAUGUUUUGCUUUCUAACAUAUAUGCUUCAGCAGGGAGGUGGGACGAUGUCAACCGUGUGAGAGGAAUGAUGAGGAAAGUGGAUGUGAAAAAGACAGCAGGAUGGAGUUGGGUGGAACACAAAGGUAAAACACACAAGUUCAUAGUUGGGGACAGAUCACAUGAACUAUCAGAUGAUAUCUAUAGACUUUUGGCUGAAUUAGGAAGCAAGAUGCAAGGGCAGGGGUACAUGGCUGACAGGAGCUGUGCACUAAGAGAUGUUGAAGAGGAAGAGAAGGAUAAUAUGGUGGGAACUCAUAGUGAGAAACUGGCUAUUUGCUUUGCCCUUCUUGUUAGCGAAGCAGGGACAGUGAUCAGGGUGGUGAAGAACCUAAGGGUGUGUCUGGAUUGUCAUACUGCUAUAAAGAUAAUCUCGAAGUUGGAGGGAAGGGAGAUAAUUGUGAGAGAUAACAACAGGUUUCACCAUUUCAUUGAUGGGAUAUGCUCUUGCAAGGACUAUUGGUAAUGUGAGAGAAAAAAAGCAAGGUAAUGAUUUUGGUGAGGGAAUAUGGUGGAAAAUAUUACCUAAAAUGAUGAGUAUAAUAAUGAUGCUUACCUCCUACAUCUCUUAAGCAACUUCGAAUGUAACCAGGGGAUUUCCAUCAUCUAAGAAAGCCUAUUCACGUGAGUCUCAGUUAUUGAAUUGGAAACAUCUUCCUACUUGGAUUCUUAGCGCCAAAUUUGUGAGUAAAUUGUAGCCAUUGCUUCUUGCUUCUACUGCAAUGAGGGCAAUGCACUUGUUCCUUCUGGUCAUGAAGGGCUUUGUUUUCUGUAAGUAUAUUAAAUUUUCAAAGCCAUAUUUUCUUGCAGCGAUAUGAACUUAAAGGUGAAUUUUGGUCUAAGAUCUAUAUUAACAACGCAUUGAGCAGAAGGGACGGCUACAUCAUCUCAAAGUUAACAAUUGUAUUUGGAAAAGAAAAACUGCAGAAUGGAUCACAAGAAGGCAAGUAAAUCUGAACACAGAAUGCGGGUGCAAGCCCAGCAGCACAAAACAAGUCUUCUGGUGAUUCUGAACAUAUAAGUUGAUUUUUCUGUGAUAACAAUGUAAUGGAAACUAUUUCUCCGAGAAGUGGUGUCAAUUGAAUCUGCUUUCCACAUUUAUCAAUAUUCCAAAAAUCAUUAGCAAAGACUUCUGCAAAAUGUUCAUUUUUUCCAUAGAAAUAAAUUCGUUCAAGAAGUA